UUUUUGGUGACAGGAGUGAAAAAGAAAAAAUGAACUGAUCUGUCCUGCCCCAGUUUGCUUUUAGUUCUCCAAGCUGGCCGCGCCUACACUUUGCACACUGGGACGAGGGAGGAAAGGGGACGCAACUGGAGCUCGAAGCGGCGCCAGGCGAGGAUGACUCGGCGACGCGGCCAUCUGCGUUACCCGGCGUGCCCCGCGCGGCGCCGGCGGAGGGACGUGGGGGGAGGGGCGGGGGGAGGAAGCGGCUGCGGCUGCGGAUGUCGCUGCGAACCAGCGGCGUCUGAACACUGCGCUGCUACCGAGCGCCGAAUCCGGGCCUGCACCUGGAGCCCACACCGAGCUCCGCGGCCCCUUGGCGGCCCUGCGCCGUUGCCACCUAGGCGGCGUGCCCUGCGUUCUCCGCUGCCCGGGCCAGUCGGCUCUGGCGUCUCCUGGCUCCCCCUUGCUCUCCCGCUCCCUCCUGCUCGCCUGAGUCACCGACGCCGCCGCCGCCAUGGCCGAGAGUGGUGAAAGCGGCGGUCCUCCGGGCUCCCAGGACAGCGCUGCCGCGGCUGAGGGUGCCGGCGCCCCCGCGGCCGCUGCCUCUACGGAGCCCAAGAUCAUGAAAGUCACCGUAAAGACCCCGAAAGAGAAGGAGGAGUUCGCUGUGCCCGAGAACAGCUCGGUCCAGCAGUUCAAGGAAGAAAUCUCUAAACGUUUUAAAUCACAUACUGACCAACUUGUGUUGAUAUUUGCUGGAAAAAUUUUAAAAGAUCAAGAUACUUUGAGUCAGCAUGGAAUUCAUGAUGGACUUACCGUUCACCUUGUCAUCAAAACACAAAACAGGCCUCAAGACCAUUCAGCUCAGCAAACAAAUACCACUGGAAACAAUGUUACCACCUCUUCAGCUCCUAAUAGUAAUUCAACAUCUGGUUCUACUACUAGCAACCCUUUUGGUUUAGGUGGCCUUGGAGGACUUGCAGGUCUGAGUAGCUUAGGUUUGAAUACUACCAACUUCUCUGAACUACAGAGCCAAAUGCAGCGACAACUUUUGUCUAACCCUGAAAUGAUGGUCCAGAUCAUGGAAAAUCCCUUCGUCCAGAGCAUGCUCUCAAAUCCUGAUCUAAUGAGGCAGUUAAUUAUGGCCAAUCCACAAAUGCAGCAGUUGAUACAGAGAAAUCCAGAAAUUAGUCAUAUGCUGAAUAAUCCAGAUAUAAUGAGACAAACAUUGGAACUUGCCAGGAAUCCAGCAAUGAUGCAGGAAAUGAUGAGAAACCAGGACCGAGCCUUGAGCAACCUUGAAAGUAUUCCUGGGGGAUAUAAUGCUUUGCGGCGCAUGUACACGGACAUUCAGGAACCUAUGCUGAGUGCUGCACAAGAGCAGUUUGGCGGUAAUCCAUUUGCUUCCUUAGUGAGCAGUACAUCCUCAGGUGAAGGUAGUCAACCUUCUCGUACAGAAAAUAGAGAUCCCUUACCCAAUCCAUGGGCUCCACAGGCUUCCCAGAGCUCAUCAGCUUCUAGUGGCACUACAAACACUGUGAGUGGCACUGCUGGUAGUACUACCAGUGGCACUGCUGGACAAAGUACUACUGGGCCAAAUUUGGUGCCUGGAGUAGGAGCUAGUAUGUUCAACACACCAGGAAUGCAGAGCUUAUUGCAACAAAUAACUGAAAACCCACAGCUUAUGCAAAACAUGUUGUCUGCUCCCUACAUGAGAAGUAUGAUGCAGUCACUAAGCCAGAAUCCAGAUCUUGCUGCUCAGAUGAUGCUGAAUAAUCCCCUAUUUGCUGGAAAUCCUCAGCUUCAAGAGCAAAUGAGACAACAACUCCCAACUUUCCUCCAACAAAUGCAGAAUCCUGAUACUCUAUCAGCAAUGUCAAACCCCAGAGCAAUGCAGGCCUUGUUACAGAUUCAGCAGGGUUUACAAACAUUAGCAACGGAAGCCCCCGGCCUCAUCCCAGGGUUUACUCCUAGCCUGGGGGCUUUAGGAAACACUGGAGGCUCUUCAGGAACUAAUGGGUCUAGUACUACACCUAGUGAAAACACAAGCCCCACAUCAGGAACCACUGAACCUGGACAUCAGCAAUUUAUUCAACAAAUGCUGCAGGCUCUUGCUGGAGUAAAUCCUCAGCUACAGAAUCCAGAAGUCAGAUUUCAGCAACAACUGGAACAACUCAGUGCAAUGGGAUUUUUGAACCGUGAAGCAAACUUGCAAGCACUUAUAGCAACAGGAGGUGAUAUCAAUGCAGCUAUUGAAAGGUUACUGGGUUCUCAGCCAUCAUAGCAGCAUUUCUGUAUCUUGAAAAAAUGUAAUUUAUUUUUGAUAACGGCUCUUAAAUCUUUAAAAUACCUGCUUUAUUUCAUUUUGACUCUUGGAAUUCUGUGUUGUUAUAAACAAACCCAAUAUGAUGCAUUUUAAGGUGGAGUGCGGUAAGAUGUGUGGGUAUUUCUGUGUUUUUCUUUUUUGGAACAGUGGGAAUCAAUGCUUUUUCAUUUAAGGCUACUGCAUGCAUCAAACACUUCUGCCUUUAUUGUAAUUUUUUAAAAACAUCACCUUUUAUAGUUGGGUGAACAGAUUUUGUCCUGCAUCUGUCCAUUUUAUUUGCUUUUUAAACAUUAGCCUAUGGUAGUAAUUUAUGUAGAAUAAAAGCAUUAAAAAGAAGCAAAUCAUUUGCGCUCUAUAAUUUGUGGUACAGUAUUGCUUAUUGUGACUUUGGCAUGUAUUUUUGCAAACAAAAUGCUGUAAGAUUUAUACUACUGACAAUUUUUGCUUUAUUUGAAUACUGUAUGCACAUUUGGGACUGCAUUUCUAGAAACAUACUGUGUUAGGUUAUCUAAGCAGAAUACCUAUAACCAAAAAAGUAAAAAUAAGGAAAUACUUUUAAAGCUUAGUGUUUCCUAGUUGUAUAGAAUCUUACAGCAUCUUUGAUGAACAUCUCAGCAAAAGUGCCAGUUAGUCAGGUUUGUUAAAAAUAUGGUAGAAAAGCUGAUUCUGGUUAUCUGUUUAGGGACAUUUAAUUGUACAGACAGCAUAAUGUAACAUUGUCUCAACAUUCACAGAUUGACUGUAAAUUACCUUAAUCUUUGUGCAAACUGAAGGAACACCUUAGUAUACCCCAAGAUGCAUUUGCCUAGGUCUUUACAGCUUCUCCCAUAGUAGUUUAACAGGCAUUACAAUUUGUAAUUGAAAUGUUGCUUUCACUGAAAGUGUUGAUGUUUCAGUUACUUUUAAUUGCCAUAUAAAAAUAGAAGAAUCUUCUGGGUUUAUCAGUUUUUUUUUUUUUCACGCACAGGCAAUACAUGAAUUUAAAAUGAUUUGUUAGCCACUUGUUUCUGAAGUGUUUGGAUAGUUCUAUUAAGAAAUAGUUAAAUAUUGUGCUUUUCAGAGACUCAGAGAAGGGAAUGGGGGAGGGGGGCGAGACGGAAUCUAUCCUGAAUUGGGCCAGCCUAAACUAAAUAAUACUGGCAAUCAAGAUUCUGUUAGGAUUUCUGUGCAUAUAGUGUAGUCACGAAGUCUUAUUUGGGGUGAAAAAGAGCCGUUUUAACAAUGUUGAGUACAUUUGGCUGUUCUACAGCCUUUUUCUUCCCUCCCCAAAGAAGUUCUCUUUGCCUAACUCUCAAAUUGUUGGGGUGGUACAUUCCUUUAGGACCAAUUAAAACAUAACUUUUAGAGGGUCAGUAAUAUAUUUGGCUGACUCUGGUUCAGUAUUCUCUUAGGUCGUUAUUUCUCUCAUGUACAGUUUCAGGAAAUUAAAAUGUUAAAAUAACCUAAAAUGAGUUCAGACCAAUAAAAUCAAGGGAAAUACAAGAUGAAUUCCAUUAUUUCUGUAAGUUGCUUGCUAUUAAAAAGCCAAGAGGCCAGGUUGCCCACCAGUCCAUGCACUGUUCUGACACUUUCCCCAGGAGGAAAACAUGUACAGAGGUCAGGGUGGAGGCAUAACCACAGGAGAUUAAGAAUGUUCAUGUGUCUUUACUCUUUCUGCCUUAUGCCUCAGUCUGGUUUAAAGACUUUUGUAUUGGUGAAUGGCAGUAUACAGUGUGGGACAGUGUCAUAACUAAUUUGAUGAUUUAUUAAUCACAAAAUAACAAUAAAUCUCUAGCUUUUACA